AUGUCUGGACUGGGUGGUAACUUCGGUCGUGACUUUGCGCGUGAGACAUGGACUCUCUACGCCUUCGGUGUAUUCGGCGCCAUCCUUCGAUUUACCGCCCGUAUCCGACGUCUGGGAAUACGCCAUCUCCAAACAGACGACUAUAUUAUGUGCUUCGGCCUCGUCUGGUAUACCAUUCUAUGCGUUGCACUCAACGAAGUGGCCUCGGGAGGAGGCUCCAAUUUGAUGACCCCGGAGCAGGAGGAGCACAUAACACCGGCCAUCCGCGACGAGCGUGUGCGGGGCAGUAAAUGGGUUUUCGUGUCGGAACAUGCCUUUAUCCUUUGCGUCUGGAGUUGCAAGGCGUGCAUGCUGGUUAUCUACGCUCGUAUCACCGAAGGCCUGAAGCAGCGCAAAUGGAUCAACUACAUCGCCGUCUACGUUGGGCUCGGCUUUCUCGCUACGGAGUUGUCUCUCUUCCUCAUGUGCCGCCCGCUAACCAACUACUGGGCGGUGCCAUCAUACGAUUAUCAAUGUUCAUCCUACCAGUACUAUGAGAUCGUCCAAGGAUGUUUCUCGAUCUCCGCCGAUUGCUUCAUGCUGCUCGUCGCCAUCCCCAUGCUGGUGCAAGUCCGUGUGCCGAUGAAGCAAAAGUUGAUCCUGGUCCUUCUCUUCGGCAUGGGAAUCUUCGUCAUCGUCGCCGCCGUUCUGAACAAGGUGUACUGCCUGGACCCCGCGCUCAUCUCCUACGUUUAUAUGAACUGGUACUUCCGCGAAGCCACGGUGGCCAUCCUCGUCACCAACCUGCCCUUGGUCUGGUCCCUGCUGCGGGACGUAUUCCCGGUACUCAAGAGCUGGACCGGAGGAUCGAAGCGCGGCACCGAUCGAUUCAAGUCCGGCGCGUGGACCAGCAAAGGCGGUUCUCGACCGUACGGACCCUCCAGUCAACUCCGCUCGGGCGAAUUCGACAUGCACGACUUCCCGCACAGAGCAACUGCCACUCCGUCAAAGGACCCCGCCGUCUCCGAUAUCAGCCUUACCCCGACUGAGGAGCGGGAUGUGAGCAGUGACGAUGGCUCAGCCCGUGCGCUGCGGAUCCGACAGGACAUUACGGUGACCGUGCAGCGCGACACUCGGCCACCGGAGUACCAAUCCAGCACUGCUCAUGCGGUCUCCGGACACGAGGAAGUGUAA